CAUACCGGAGAGAGCCUUUCUCCAAACCAUGCAGCAGCUUUGGCACCGCGACAAACAUGUACGGCAGACAACUAUUGCUUUGCUAACAAUUCCGGAUCCUAUUGUCCAGAUUGUGGCAUCUGCUGCACGCAAGCCAGUGGUGGAUGGUAUUGUGCUCAGACUGGUGCUUUUGCUGUAACUCUGAAAGUGGUGGGAAGGGGGGAUGUUGCAACGACGGAGCGAUUUGUUCAACAAGCGGGUGCAUUCUCCCAACGGCAACCAUUACAUCAACUUACACCUCUUGGGCUACCGUAUACGACUAUUUCGCCCAGUAAAGACAGUAUAUUCAGACGCUAUAUCAGACGGUGACCAUCACUUCAUCGACGACUGUGGUUGUAUCAGCUAUGGGAGGGCAAGCGAGAGUGGUGAAACGUACUUCCGCUAUCGAGGAAGAGGGUCAAGGAUGCGGAGCCACUGCAACCCACAAAGUAAUCCCAAAUCAUCAGCCGACCCACGUUCAAGACGUUCCUGCGAUCCUGACUGCAACGGUUCCCUCGUCGCCAAACUAUGGCUUGGUCGAGCUCAAGCUCCAACAGAUGGGUCUUCUGGUAACGAGAACUCAGCAAGUGGUCUCUCUACCGGGGCCAAAGCAGGCAUCGGCGUCGCCUCAGUAGCCGGGGCAGCAAUAGUCGGCAUCCUACUCUUAUUUUGCUGGCGGCGACAAUCAAAGAAGGGCGAAGGUUCAGACGUAGCUGCGGGUGGAGCAGGAGCAGCAUCCUCAACCCCGGCACCAUCUACGAGCCCAAAUUCCAAACGAGCCCUCAGUUGCAGUCUCCUAGUUGCAACCAGCAUACGCAGAUGUAUCCUAUACAGAACCAAGGUGGAGGAUAUCCGCCACAUGCUAGUCAGGAGUAUCCUCAGACUCACAAUUACCAGUAAUACCCGCAACAGAACCAAGGAUAUUCUUAAUCGUGGGGCUAUUCGCCUUUGCCGCCAACAAGCGGUCCGGAUCCAAGCGCGAUGCCGUACGAGGUCUGCGGCGAACCGAUAUUCCCCUAUGAAAUGCCGCCGCCGGUCCAUGAGAUGUCGCAGCUGAGCCCGAUUCUGCGGGUUGCGAGUCCGGCGAGGAAAUCGGUUCGUGGUGGGGAGGGGAGGAUGGGUAGUUUGUGAGGGACGGCUGGUGAGUGGAGUUUGGGGUGGUGGGUGAGCGAUAUAUAUG